GAGAGAAAGAAAGGGAGGGAAAGACAUAGAGAGACAAACACAUAGAGAGAUAGAAAGAAAACUAAGGAGAUAAAGAGAGACAAAGAGAUAAAGAGAGACAAAGAGACAGGGAGAAAGAGACAGAGAGAAAGAGAGAGAGAGAGCGAUAGUGAAAGGGAGGGAAAGACAUAGAGAGACAAACACAUAGAGAGAUAGAAAGAAAACUAAGGAGACAAAGAGAGACAAAGAGACAGGGAGAGAGAGACAGAGAGAAAGAGAGAGAUAGUGAGAGAGAGAUAGUGAGAGGGAGGGAAAGACAUAGAGAGACAAACACAGAGAGAUAGAAAGAAGACAAAGAGAGAAAGAGACAGGGAGAGAGAGAGACAGAGCGAGAAAGAGAGACAGAGAGCGAGAGAGAGAGACAGACAGCGAGAGAGAGAGAGCAAGGCGGGAAGAGGUUUAGAAAGAGACGGUCCGAUUCAGCAUCGCGUAUUUGUUGUCGUCGGUAGAAUAUGGAGCAAAGUUGACAGAGAAAAACAAAAGCAUGUUGAGGUUUAUUCCAAAUUUGUUUGUAAUAAUAAUAAUCGUUUCUUUGGACAAGGUUUCUUCCAAUGGCCACACAGAUCUAACGUUGAACCAUAAAUAUUUCCCUCUCGGUGUUAUAGGAUGCAUGGUGGGGGAAGGACUAUGUGGUGCAAAAGAAAGUUGCAUUGAUGAUAACCUGUUCGGCAUAUGCUCAGAGAAGGGCCUACCCCUGCAGGUACCCAACUAUGACCUGACGGACCCGCAGCGCAUCGGGUUACUGGAGAGCAAGAUUUUGAAGUUGCUGAUCGAAGGUUACACCUGGCAGGAUGCCUAUACUCAAUGCAUUGUACAAAACUUGUUGGUCGCAUCAGCCACCACGACACUUGAUGCUGCCCUGCCACUAGAUUGCAGUGGUGGUGGUCAUGGCGCCAGUGGCAGUGUUGGUGGUGCUGACGAAACGAUAUCGCCCCUGCUGUUGUCGCAAUGGUCCCUGCUGAAUGAUGACAAAGAUUUAGACGUUGCCGAGCACCGAGACGCAAUGGCUGGAAGGAAUGAUAUUAUCAGUGAUAGCGGCGUUUCUGCUUCUGCUAUCAUGGGUACUGAUGGUGGCGGUGGUCGUGGUGCGAGUAUCAGUGAUAGUGAUGAUGGUGAUGGAGAUGGCGAUGAUGAUGACCGCGAAGAGGAGGAGAGGCAGGAACAAGAUGUUGGUGGUGGUGAUGAUGAUGACGGUGGCAAUAGCAUUGAUGGGAGUUUGGAUUACAAUAGUGAUGUCUAUGACUCUGUACCGAUGCCACCUGUGCAGCAGCAGCAUCCUAGUUUCCUCAAGUCGAGCAAGCGUGACGAAAUCGUACGCAUUCACAAGUACUUUGACCAACCAGCGGUGCCGAGCCGUCGAUCUAGUGAGCCACCCCUCUCACGGGAAGAAGCCCUUGCGGAAAGAUAUGGGCUGAUGCCAAACAGUGAGUUGAUCGACAGCAUCCCAGCUGCAGAACGGGACAAAGUCUUUGAACGAGUCUUUAGUGAUGCUGGCGCCCUGGAUGGUGACAGCAUUGUUGCAGACAAUGGCAAUGAUGAUGAUUCUGUGGUUGAUAGAGAAGCUUUGAGACUCAUGAACGAAAUAUCUGCGUCUGCUGAUCCCAAAUUGGAAGACCAAAGCAACGAGAACAUUAUCAAUGCUGACCUUGAUGCCGAUGCUAAUGCUGCCUUGGAUCUUACCCCUCUCACUUAUGUUCCACCGGAUUCCUCCAGACUCAACAGCAACAUCAUAGUUGCUGGCGAUGACCAAAACAACAACAACAACUACAAUACUGAUGAUGGUGAUGAUGAUGAUGAUGAUAGAAAUGACCGAUCUUUGAAAAGGUCAGUAGCUGAGAAUCUUGUAGAUUUUGAUGGUACUGAACGGAACCAACUACUUCCACAGUAUUUACUCAACCUGCAGAAGCUGCUAUCGCAGCAGAUCGGAAGCGAAAGUGAAAGCAAAAGAGAGAAUGAACGUGAAAGAGGAAUUAGAAUGAAAGCUAAUAACCCUGACGAGAAUUUAUUCAGAAAUAAUGGACUGCAAGAUGAUGAGAUGACAAAUAAGAUGAUCUUGGAUUAUCCCCUCCCGGAUUAUUCACUCCUGUCUGAUUUGGCCAAUGAUUAUAGAGGCAUGAACGAUAAGGGUCGUAUCCAACAAGAUAAUGGCCUUGGUGCUAACUCCUUGAAGCCAGGCACCAAAGGUCUUUGGGGUGAGGAUUUCAAACAGAUGCCUGAGACGGAUUAUGAUUAUGAUUAUCCAACAGAAACCGCAGUUUCUGACCCCCGGUUUCCUGUAUUCAAGUCCUCACUGAAGUCCGAUGAUUCUUUACCAAACCUGGACAGACCAAUCGAUUCUGACAAGCUAGACCUGAGCGAUGCUGACUCGGAAGUUUUGAAAACCUUGCUUAAGGAUAUCUUAAUGAAAGCUGUAGACGUGCCCCCAUCGCAGAGCCAGUCUGUCGGUGCCUCAUUGAGUGAUUCUGGUUCAAACGAUGGCAAAUUCAUGUCUAACGACCUCGGAGAUAUUGAUCUGUCACAACUGAAACAAGCCGAGGAGUUGCUUCGAAAGACAGGUCAGCUAAAAUCCAAGAGUUUGCUGAAUCUUGACAAAGGUGACAGGCACCCUAAGUUUACACUGCUUCAACGGGUAGGAGAACCUGUUAAUAAAAAGGCUGUCCUGAUGACGGAUGAUAACGACGAAACAGCCACUGUAUCUGAAGAGAAGCCAGGACAAGCCACGGACCCACAAAAACAUUAUGAUCAAGUUGACGCCAAUUACGCUUUUGUCGGCAUAUCUAAUGGGUAA